AUGAGCGAAGAGGGUGCCUCGGGCACUCCGCCACCGGCGCCACCACCACCAUCCUCCGGGGACUCUAGUGGUGGGCCCGGUAGACACCACGGAGGCCGUCAAGGUGGCGGCCGAGGUCGAGGAGGAGGACGACGACGUGGUGGACGAGGGCCCAGCCCAGCCACCACUACCACUCCAAGAGGCCCCAAGUUUGAAGGCAGAUGUGAUGACCUCAAGGGACAUGUCUACGACCUGACCAAUCCAAAGGAUGCAGCCAACAACUACAUGAUAACCACCGAUGAAGUAAUCCAACUCAUUGGGAGAACCUACAAGCAUGGAAAUCAUACCAAGAGAUGCCUAGAGGAAGGGCGAAGGAUCGCAUUGACUGUCCCAGAAGACCCAGCAGACGCAGCCACCGUGACAGAGAAAGAGAUCUGGAAACAGGAGGUGAGCGCUUACGUCAAAAAGAAAAAUGAAGUCGAGACAAACAUGGAGAAUGCAUAUUCACUGAUCUUUGGACAAUGCAGUGAGGGUGUUCGAGCCAAGCUAGAGAGCAUGAUCAACCACAAGGAGAUCAAAGAAGCUGGUGACCCCGUACGUUUGCUUAACAACAUACAAACGGUGAUGCUACAGUUCCAGACCACCAAGUACAAGCCACUUGCAAUCUACGAAUGCAAACGACGACUCAUGUUAUUCCGACAAACAAAAGAAAUGACGGUCGACCAAUACCACAAGGAAUUCAAGAACUACACAGACGUCGUGGAAAGGAAUGGAGGAUCGAUCGGAGCAGAUAUUGGCCUCGUCGAGGAAGUGCUGAACAGUCACCGACCACCUCUCACCCUAGAAACUGCGACCGACGAACAAUUGCAACAAGCUAAAGGAAUAGCCAGGGAAAGAACCAUCGCGCUGGAUUUCAUCGUCGGUGCUGACCGGAGCAGGUUCGGAAAACUCACGGAAGACCUCGAGAACAGUUUCACCCAAGGUCGAAACAAUUACCCAGCCACGAUGACUGACGCACUGAAAAUCCUGACCAACUGGAAGCAGGACCCAAGGAACACGCCGCAGCCGCCACGACAAAGGGACGACACAAACAGUGGCCAAGGAGCAACGGAAUUGUCGUUCACGAACAUUGGAAGCGAGAUCGAACAACAGCAAGGAACACCCGCGAAUAGUCAGCGAAAUUCCUGGCUGGCCAACAUCGAAUGCUACAAUUGCCACGGACGUGGCCACUUUGCACGUGAUUGCCCAACGGCCAACACUCCUGCAACCGAUACGACAGCCCCAAGCCAAGCGGAAGGCGCCGUACAAAUGCUCCUCGAUGGGGCGGAAAAUGACACGUCCUACGUUGGCUUUACACUAACAACAACCAGCGAGAAAGGGAAGUUGCCGCGGAACUGGAUCCUACUCGACAACCAAAGCACGGAGUGA